AUGGCCGCUGUUGCAGCAAGUGCAUGAAGAAAUCUUAUACCAGAGUGCAUUGGAAUUUUGGAAGUUUGAGUUAACUUUUACUUGAGUUAAGGCCAAUUUGAAGCCACUCGGAACAUGGCCGAAGUGGAUGACACUAAACUGGAUGCAGAUCAGAGCCAGCAAGUGGCAGCAUCGGAAAAGCCAGAAUCAAAUAAUGUAGAAGAAGCAGAAAAAAAAGCGGGCGCAUCGGAAUCCAAACAUGAGGAAAAAAACAUUUCAUGCAACGAUGCGGACCCAAAAGUGGACAAGCUCGAUGAGUUGAGCUCAUUGGAACAGGAAAUAGCAAAAAUGCACAACAUCGGGCAUACUACCGAGUCCGGUUUGGACGACGACGACGCCGACGGCGAUGAGGAGAAGCAGAAGCAGGAGACAUCAGCGGCGGAUCAGGAGAAUUCUGCGACGGCCAGUAAAUCCGAAAAUGGCAAUGGGAGCGGCAACAACGCUUUCCAGCACAUUGAUGAACUGGCUAAAACAAAACGUUGCACACCCGUUAUUAAAGAGGUCAAAGAGAAGCCGGAAACAACGGCCGCCUUAGAGGAUGUUGAUUUGAUAGCGUUGCUCAAGGGCACCGAUCAGGAUCAGCACGAAUCGAAGCCGGCAUUGGGAAAGGCCAGCAUUGAGCUGGCUCUGGCCGAGCUGGACAAUGUGGGCGUUACCAUCGAAGGCGAAGGCCAAUACGAGAUCAUGGAAAUCGACGAUGGUGAAAAUGCGAGCGGACCCAGUCCCAUUGCUGCCGCCGCUGCCAGCAGUCCGACAACGUCCACCAACACGGGCUCCAAGCUGGGUAAACAAAAACUCUCGCCGGAGCAGGCACGUGCCGUUGCCCUCAAGCAAAUGGCCGAUCUAAAGGCGCAGAAGGCGCGUCGCACCACGUCUAAUGUCAAACAGCAGCAAUCACAGCCACUGGACAUAAUCAGUUCACUGAAUGAUGAUUGGAAUGAGUACGAUAGCGGCAGCGAUAAUGCCUCCAAUUCCAAUACCAAAUCCAACCAAAAUGCGAUAGCCUCUUCCCCGCCUGCCACAAAGAAGCUGCCGCCGUCGUCGUCGCUGAUCAAAAAGUCCAAGAAUGCGAUUGAAGUGCCGCAAAUGAUUGGUAGCGUUAAGGUGACGCUCAAAUCCACAAGCGUAAAGCCCGUAGAGAAAGCCAAAACUACUGCGGAUCAAUCCGUGCCCAUUCUCAGCAAUAGCAAUGCAGAAGCAACUGGCUUCAAGCGAACGCGCGUCAUCAAGCGCAAAAUCAUUUGGGAUCCUGAUGUGCCUGAAACCCAAAAGUCCUUUGCACAAUAUGCGAGUUCAAAGGUCGCAGCAACGACAAACACUAAUGCAAUAACAACAGGAAAUGCAGCAGCAACAACAACAACAACAGCAACCUGCGUUGUGCUGGCGUCAAAGAAGGUGCGACCAUCAACACCCAGGGAUCCGCAGUCAUCCAAGGUGACGGCAGCAAAACGUGCAGCGACGCCAUCAAAGCUAUCAGAAUCAAAUAUAUCGGGCGGAUCACCGCCCAAGCGUCGCUCACAAACACCAAAUGUGGUGGCCAAUGGUGGCUCCAGCACCAGUCUGGCCAAAAAGAAAAAGGUCAGCGAAAUCGAUCGACUGAUGGGCGAUGAGGGCGCCGCCAAUAUGAUGCAGGCCGUCGAGCGGGAAAAGCGCGAACUCAGCGGUGGCGAAACAGCCAACAAGCCGCUAAUGCGCAAGCGUACUUUAUCCGUUACUGUGCGGCCACUGAAAGCAGCCGCAGGCGUGGCAACAGCAGCAGGGACAACAACUGUUGUUGAUGUGACGCCAACAGCAGCACCCAAAAAGGAGAGUCCACCCAAAGCGGGCAGCAAGCGUGCAUCGACAACAAACGCUGUGGAUGCUGUGUUCGCUACAAAGGCAGCCAAGCAACGUCCGUCAGAUUCUUGGGAUUAUGUGUAUAAGCAGCGCGCUAGCGAGGAAUCAAUGAUUAUGCGUCGGCGUUCGAAUAGCUCCUAUUCGAGCAAUGCAUCUGUUAACCGGCUGUCGCUGGAUAACAAACCGGCUGCUGUGUCCGAUGAUGCCUCAGACUCUGCCGAUCAUCCGACAUUCAAAUUCUUGAAGCCCGAAACAAAAGCGAACCAAAGAAGCGAUGGCGAUGCACCGCAAACGCUUGCCAACGAUUUGAAACAGCAGGCGACCAAGGAGCCAAAGUCUGUCAAACUGGAGCUGGUUACGCUGCACAAGCUGGACAAGGUCAUGCAGCUGAUCAUCCACGUGCAGCUCUCCAAAACGGGUUACACCUACAAAAUGCAGCUGCUGCAAAAGCUAACCGAAACGUUGAACAAACUGGCCAAGAGCAACGAUUGCAAUACGGUGCUCCUAAGCGUUCAGGGUCAACAUUUCUGUCAGGGCAUCGAUUGCCAGGAGUUGCUGGCAGCCACGCUGGAGAAGCGCAAAAAUAACGCCACACAACUGGCCUUAGUACUAAAAACAUAUCUGCGCACUUUGGCAACAUUCCCCAAGCCAAUUGUGGCUGGCAUUGUGGGCAACCUUAAGAAUCUGGGCGUUAUGCAAUUGCCACUGCUCGACUAUGUGGUCGCUGCCGAUGACUGCUGUUUCGAGACGAACUAUGCCAAGCUGGGACAACUGCCGGAGGGCUAUGCUCUGUGGCAAACGCAUCAAAAGGUCGCCAGUCAAGUGCAAUCUCGUUUGUUUCUGCUGGGAGAGCGAUUGCACACAUCGGAUUUGAUUGCUUACCCGAGCAGCUUCAUCGACAUGACCUGCAAAUCGCGCAGCGUCAACGAUGAGGCUCUGGCGGCGGCCAAUCUCAUUUCCAGCACUACAGCAGAGCAUUAUCGGUCGCUCAAGAAGCUAAAUCAUAGUGCAAAUUCGGCGUUACUGCAACGUUUGGAGGCCGAGUUUAAGAUCAUAAUGGAACAGUGGUCAUCGGCCAACUUUCAGGCGAGCAACAAGCGUUAUGUUAACGAUAUUAGCCAAUAAGGAGGCGACGUUGUUAUUGGUCAGAUUCGGAAGAUCUACCAGUCAAAAGUGGUAGAAUAGUUAGUUAGUUGUUCUCUUAAGCGAAAGCAAAAGCAAAAACAAAAAUAUAAACAAAAACAAAGUGUGCAACUUUUGUAACUGUAGCUGAAGGAAUUGUAAUUAUAAUCUUUUGUUUCGUCACAAAAAUGAUGUAAGGGCUUAUUAAUGCCAGGGCAUUCCCGAUCCCAAUUUUGUAUUUGUCCGUUGCUAAAAGUUAAGUUAAAAAUACGUUAUAAAAUCGAUUUUUAAAUAGAAAGCAAUAUCCCAAAAUGUAUAGACUAUCUGUGGCAGUUGCAAUUCGAAGAUUUAAAGUUCACAUCUGGUGGCGACUAUUUUCCACGAGUGCUUUAUUUUACGGGGGGAGGCAGGGAGGUAGGAGUCUAGAAAAGGGUUCUAUUUAUAAUAUAUAUAUAUAUAUUUAUAUAUAUAUAGUACAAUCGUAAUUGUUAAUUGUAAUCGUAAUACAUGCAACUAGCAAUUUAACUACUAA